GAAGAAAAAAAAACAGUAAACAGCUAAAACUUAGAGGUAGAGAGAGGGGAUUGUCUUGUUUUUGUUUUGUUAUGUUUGAUUAUUCUUUUACUCGUAUAAUGUCUCCAAAUCUCCUGAUUUCAUCCACUUCUUCACUUCCUGGAGGGCUUUGACACGACUUAUCGGCAUACUACUAGAAACCUUUCUUGUUAAUUAUCUUCUGUGUUGUACGUAGGAAGCUAGAUGGGUUCCAGAUUCCCAUCUCAUAAGCUCAGCAAUGGGCUUUAUGUGUCAGGCAGGCCAGAACAGCCUAAAGAAAGGACUCCAACCAUGAGCUCAGUGGCCAUGCCCUAUACUGGUGGAGAUAUUAAGAAGUCGGGAGAACUGGGGAAAAUGUUUGAUAUCCCUACAGAUGGUUCUAAGUCCAGGAAAUCUGGACCUAUAAAUAGCGCUCCUUCAAGGACUGGAUCUUUUGGGGGUGCUGCUUCACAUUCUGGACCAAUCAUGCCUAAUGCAGCACCUCGAGCUGGCUAUACCACAUCAGGUCCUAUUGCUACUGGAAGCAUGUCUGGUUCAGCUUCAUUGAAGAAAUCAAACUCUGGACCACUAAAUAGACAUGGGGAUCCAGUGAAGAAAUCAUCCGGUCCACAAUCAGGUGGAGUGACGCCAAGUGGACGUCAAAAUUCUGGUCCUCUUCCUCCUGUUCUCCCUACAACUGGCCUUAUUACAUCUGGGCCCAUCUCUUCAGGGCCACUAAAUUCCUCUGGUGCUCCUCGGAAAGUGUCUGGUCCUUUGGAUUCUAUGGGAUCAAUGAAAGUGAAAGGUUCUGCUGUUCAUAAUCAGGCUGUGAAUAUUCUUGGCCAGAAUGAUGAUUUUUCUUUCAAGAAAAACUUCCCGAAACUAAUAUUAUAUGCACUGAUACUGCUCUUUGUAAUGGGUUUCAUUGCUGGUGGUUUUAUUCUUGGAGCAGUUCACAAUGCGAUUCUCCUCAUAGUUGUUGUGGUCCUUUUUGGUACUGUUGCUGCAUUAUUUGCUUGGAACUCUUGUUGGGGGAAAAAAGCUAUUAUGGGUUUUAUUGCUCGUUAUCCAGAUGCAGAGCUUAGGAAUGCAAAAAAUGGACAAUUCGUGAAAAUCUCUGGGGUGGUAACAUGUGGGAAUGUUCCUCUUGAGUCAUCCUUCCAGCAAGUUCCAAGAUGUGUUUAUACAUCAACUAGUUUAUACGAGUAUCGAGGAUGGGAUUCCAAAGCUGCCAAUCCUACACAUCGUCGUUUUACCUGGGGACUUAGAUUGUUGGAAAGGCGUGCAGUUGACUUCUACAUCUCAGAUUUCCAGUCAGGGUUGAGAGCAUUAGUUAAAACAGGGAAUGGAGCAUCAGUUACUCCUUAUGUGGAUGACUCUAUAGUUAUAGAUGUCAACCCAGCCAACGAAACGUUGUCUCCGGAGUUCAUCAUGUGGCUGGGAGAAAGGAACCUUUCAAGUGAUGACCGUUUAAUGCGAUUGAAAGAAGGGUAUAUCAAGGAGGGAAGCACGGUUAGUGUCAUGGGAGUCGUUCAGAGAAAUGAAAACGUCCUUAUGAUUGUUCCUCCGCCUGAACCGACUACAACUGGAUGCCAAUGGGCCAAAUGUAUCUUCCCAGCUAGCCUUGAGGGUAUCAUAUUGAGAUGUGAAGACACAUCAAAUAACGGUGCCAUACCUGUUUAGAACCCUGUGCACUGUAAACUAUUUUUACCCUACUGCAUAAAUUAUGAUAUUUUUUUUCUUCAUAUUAUUCUAUUCAUAUUUUGGGGGGAUGUGGUAAGGACAAGCGAUGAACAUGGAGGAGGCUGGUGGCGUUUCUUAUCCUUUUAACUCGUUGUAUAGCUUUUUCCAGGUUUCUUUGCCGUUAGUCUUAUCUUGUAGGCGUCAAUGCCGGUUUCGUGCAGUUUCGGAUUUUGUGUUAGACAAAAGGUUCAAGGGAAAAGAAAAACAAUAGCAAGGGUAUUGAAGUAGAUUCGUGAUGUUUUUCUCUUACGUUGACCGUUAUACUUUAGCAAGUUUUGUUUGCAAAUGGCAAGCAGGACUUGAUGAACUGAUGACUUGGGAUUGAAUUUCAUAUUUUGUUAUUUGAGUAAAAAUAUCAGUUGUUCCGUUUGUUUUUAUGGACCUGGGAUUUUUUUACCAUUUGGA